GCGCAUUGAGACAUUACAUAGCGAGGGGAAGCGCAAGCUUGCUUCGUUCAGUAUUUUUUGUUGCAUCAACAACACAACUACGAUUCACCUCUUCUUGUAACGAUGUGGACCGAAAUCGGGAAGCUAAUGAUCUUACAUGUGUUACUAAUGGAGGUCCACUCCACCCGAGGAAGUCAUACCUAUACGGAUUGUGAAACAGGCCAGUUUCAAUGCAAGAACGGAAGGUGCAUACCUACUCUCUGGAGAUGUGAUGAUGAUGACGAUUGUUCUGAUAACAGCGAUGAAGAAAACUGUGCAAAGAAGACGUGUGCGACUACAGACUUUGCCUGUAACAACGGCCAGUGUGUGCCCCAGAGGUGGCGCUGUGACGGGGAGCCGGAGUGUGCUGACGGCUCAGACGAGGCUGACGCUACAUGCAGUCGACAAACGUGCCCCCCUGAGAAGUUUGACUGCGGGGGUUCGGCCAGCAAGUGUGUCUCAUUGUCAUGGCGAUGUGAUGGGGAGAGGGACUGUGAGAACGGAGCGGACGAAGACCAAUGUUCUGCAGACGCCAAGGCCUGCCCCGCCAAGGAGUUUCAGUGCCGUAACAGGAAGUGCGUGGCGCCCAUAUUUGUGUGUGACGGAGAUGACGACUGCGGGGACGGGAGCGACGAGGAGAAGUGUUCCAUCUCCACCUGCGGCCCCCACGAGUUCCGCUGUAACGACUCUGAGUGCAUCCCGGCCCUGUGGAGCUGCGACGGCGACCCGGACUGCAGGGAUAAAUCCGACGAGUCCAUGGAACGCUGUAGUCGCCGGACCGAGCCUCAGAAGCCCCGGUGCCCUGCGGGGGAGUUUCAGUGCGGGAGCGGGGAAUGCGUCCAGCAGAACUGGAAAUGCGACGGAGACGCCGACUGCAAGGACAAAUCUGACGAGGCCCACUGUGCUCUGCUAACCUGCCGUCCUGAUGAGUUCCAGUGUGGCGACGGCUCCUGUAUCCAUGGCACCAAGCAGUGUAACAGGCUCCAUGACUGCCCUGACUUCAGCGACGAAGCCGGUUGUAUCAAUGCUACGAAGUGCAACAGCCCCAGGAAGUUCAUGUGCAGGAACGGAGAGUGUAUCGACAGCAACAAGGUGUGUGACGCCGUCAAAGACUGCAAGGACUGGUCAGAUGAACCUAUGAAAGAGUGCGGUGUGAACGAGUGUGCGGAGAACAAUGGCGGAUGCUCUCACAUCUGCAGAGACCGGAGGAUCGGCUACGAGUGUGACUGUCCCUCUGGGUACAAGCUUAUGGACAAUAAGACCUGUGAAGACAUCGACGAAUGCGAGAACCCUGACGCCUGCAGCCAGAUCUGCGUCAACUACAAAGGCGACCACAAGUGUGAAUGUCACGAGGGCUACGAGAUGGACCCGAGCACCAAGGCCUGCAAGGCAGUGGGGAAGAGCCCGUACCUGAUGUUCACCAAUCGCCACGAGAUCCGUCGUAUAGACCUGGUGAAGAACGAUUACACCCAGGUGGUCCCUACUCUGAAGAACGCUGUGGCCCUGGACGUGGACGUUACCACCAACAAGAUGUACUGGUGCGACCUCUACCACCGUAAGAUCUACAGUGCGUACAUCAACAAGGCCAGUGAUUCAUCAGAACAGGUGACUCUGAUCGAGACAGCUCUCAGCUCUCCAGAGGGACUGGCUGUGGACUGGGUCCACAAGAACAUCUACUGGACCGACUCCGGAGACAAGACCAUCUCUGUCGCCACGGGAGAUGGCAAGAAGAGAAGGGUCCUAAUUGCCACGGAGCUUAGCGAACCGCGGGCUAUUGCUGUGGACCCACGGCAAGGGUUCAUGUACUGGUCUGACUGGGGGACCCGGGCCAAGAUAGAGAAGGCCGGGAUGAACGGAGUGGACCGCCAGGUACUGGUGUCGGAAAGGAUCGAGUGGCCCAACGGAAUCUCUCUGGAUCUAUCUAGCAGACGUUUGUACUGGGUGGACUCGAAGCUGCACUUGCUCUCCAGCGUUGACCUGAACGGAGACAACCGCAAAGUGCUGCUGAGCUCCCAAGACCACCUGGGGCACCCGUUCGCACUCACCGUAUUCGAGGAUCUUGUGUACUGGACAGAUCUGGAGGCUGCGGCUAUCUACAGCGCUAACCGGCUAACUGGACACAACGUGGCUAAGCUAGCAGAACACCUCAACAACCCGUUGGAUGUGGUGGUGUUCCACGAACUGAGACAACCCAAAGCUCCAGACAGCUGUAACAUCGGCAGUCUACCUAACGGGGGCUGUGAGUACCUGUGUCUCAAAGCCCCCCAGAUCACAGACCACUCCCCCAAAUACACCUGUGCCUGUCCGGACGACAUGGAGCUGGGCCCCGACAUGAGACGCUGUGUCAUAGUAAAACCCAAGACCACCACGGCAACUUCUACCACCACCACCACCACCACGCCGGCACCGACUACAACCACGUCGGCCACGACCACAACCACCACCCGAUGUACUUCCACCACCCCUGCUGAAACAACCACCACCACCACGGGGGCUCGCGCGACCUCAACCGCAGAGCCGACGGUGACCUCCACGCCCGUGGCUCAGCCCAGCUCUGCGAGGUCGACUGCAGCUUCUACGACGUCCCAGCCUCCUCACACCCCCGGGACCACGGCUUCAUGGAGGACGCCCCCCUCCACCUCCUCGUCCACCAGCACGUGGCCUAGCGCCUCCACCCCAGGCCCCCGGUCCAUCACCACGCACGGCCCCCCUCUGCCGCCCAAAAACAUCCAGAGAGAUAACGCUAACCUCUCGCACCGCUCUGGUAAUGACCACUAUCUCCUAGGUAACAACAUAACGGUGGCCAUCCUGGGGAUUGUCAUCCCUAUCGUUCCUAUCCUUGCCACAGUGGUCAUCGGCCUCCUCUGCACCGCUGGCUACCUCGUGUGGCGCAACUGGCGCCGGAAGAACACCAAGAGCAUGAACUUCGACAACCCCGUCUACCGCAAGACCACGGAGGACGACGACGACGAGAUCCACAUCGGCCGCACCGGGGAGUCCGUCGGACACAUCUACCCCGCCCGAGUGGCGCUCAGUCUGGAGGAUGACGGAUUCCCCUGAGGGGCUCACCAGGCCCAGCACCCCCCCCCCCCCUCCCCCCUGGGCCCUCCCGGGGGCUUCCACACUGCAGACGAUGGGGGCACAGAGUGACAGGGUGCUUGCUACCCUACUAUAUAACCCAGGACAGUGGGGUUUCGUUUUACUCGUACCCCCAAUCAGUGCUUCUUAAACAUGCCCAUGUCUCUCUUCUACUCCUAACUAUAACUUACCACUACUACUGUACUACCACUACUACCAGCUUACUACUGUGCUGUCCUCUGCUCUACAGUCCGCCCCAAGGUAGUUAGUUGCCGUAGUUACUGCAUCUGUAGUGGUGGAUGCUGCUGUCUGUCUUCAUGACAACUAACCUCAUUGCCCAUCAGUGCACAUGUAAAUAGAUGCAGUCUGCCAUGCUAGGAGCACAGUGAAAGACCAGACUGAUUUUAAUUCUUAUUUUGUUUUUGACUUUAUUUAUUGUCUGCAUUUUGCUGGUGUAAAUAAGGUAAGCCGACCUGUUUUGCUGAGUAUAGGGUUUGUGUUUGACCAGAGCCAGGUCGGAUGGGGGAAAUAAAUAUAUUUUUCGGUGUGUGUGUGUGUUAGCGGGGUGGGGGGGGUAGUGACACAGGAAGUAAUGUCAGAGUGGAACUCAGGGGAGGCAGGUUAUGGGAAAUCAAUCGGCAUCAGAGAUCCACCAACGUUACCGGGUAAUGAAUAAGGGUUUGGUGGGGGAGCAGAGGUUUGACAGAACAGGGAUGUUUUUGAAAUUUGAAUCGUGAGUCUGUGCAUUGUUGUUACAGACCUGGUGGAACAGGGUUCAAACUUUUCUUCUUGAUGGUUCUAUCCAUGGACAUGUUGUGUAUCCGUCAGGUGAUCCACCCACAUCCACCUUACAUACUUAGUAACCACACUUAGUAACCAUAAAUAAUAACCAUACAUAGUAACCAUACAUAGUAACUACACUUAGUAACCAUAAAUAAUAACAAUACAUAGUAACCAUACAUUGUAACUACACUUAGUAAACAUAAAUAAUAACAAUACAUAGUAACCAUGCUUAGUAACCAUACAUGCCUGCUUAGUUACCAAACAAAUGUCUUCCAUUCUAAAACCAGACCCUCCCACGUGCCCUGCUCCUCAAUGUAAUACUGGCUGAGAUGGUUUUGGACUAGACGAGUCAUCCAUGGUUGGGCUAAUAGUUAUUAAAAAAGGGUCAGACUGGAUGUGUUACACUAGGUACUUUGGAUGUGUUACACUAGGUACUUUGGAUGUGUUACACUAGGUACUUUGGAUGUGUUACACUAGGUACUUUGCGAACUCUCGUCUACGCAAGAAGGACUCAGUCUACCUUUGGUUAGAACCGUUCCAUGGUAGAUUUGCCGAACCAAUCAACUACAUUCUCCCAAUUAGUUUGCUGGCUACUUUCGGAGGUUUGUAGGGUGUUUUAAAAAACAUCAGUGACUGGGUUGUCUCUAACCAGUCAAAGUAUCAAAGCUAAUUACAUACUUAUUGCUGAAAGAAAUGUUUGGGGUUGUGGCUUUUGGCCAGAACAUGGAGUUUAAAAAGCCAGCCAAUCAGCAAAGGAGAAUCUAGGGUGUCAUGAUUUGUGUCGAGUGUCAAUAAAUGCUUCGGUGGUCUGGGAACACUGGAGUCAUUUCUUCUUAAGCACUGAGUAUGAACACUGGAAAUGAAGGCCCAAUGGAGAGACAACAUAUGGCUGUCUGGGAUACCCUGCGGACUUGGCUUCUCUGGAGCUGUUGUCUUACUGCUGUUAGCAAGAAAACCUGUGUAUUGAAGUUACUGAGUCACACUACUGUUUUCCACCAGCUUGACCGGGUCCUGUGGACCGUGCAUAUAUGGACACACACACACACACACACAAACUGACUGUUGUUUGCUUGAGAAAUGAUGUCUACACAUCAUGGCUCUUGAUUUUAUUACAAAUCAAAUCAGUCUGCUUCCGUUGGGAGGGAAUGAGGGGAGAGUUACUGACAGGGGAGGUUAGGGUCUUCCUGGGUUACGUCAGAUCCCCUAGAGCGGACUGCUCCGCUCCAGAUCUCCACUGCAGAUUAAGGGAGGUGAUUUGUCUCGGCGGAACACUGCUGACGGCAUGCUAAUCUGACACUUCCACGCAGGGUUCACUGGCCUGGCAGUCAUGGUAUCGUCGCCAGCAUCGGCCACGUUCUGCAGGUGAGGGAGGGAGUUGGCAUCUUUCUGCGGCUGUGGUGGUGUCCGAACACAAGCCCAUAACAUGCACUCCUGCGCACGUAGUUGUAGAUUUGUGUUUGGCCAUUAUGUGGAACCCAGAGCUUCCGGAACAUACAGCUGUCUUUGUGCUGCGAUGUUGAGAGGAUCACUUUGCUCUCUGACUGAAAGAGACUAAAUGCCUUUCUGUAUCCAUUAGGCAGUGGUUUUUCACGAACCUGGUCAAUCGUCUAAGGCAAAAUGACAGUUUACAGUGGCCAACGUCCUGCUCUUUUCUCUGAGCCUGGUUGAUUUAACACAUGCAUACCUAGGGUGUUCAUGAGUAUCAGUUAAGAGAGAAUUUACAGACCCGUCCAUCAAAUCCACUGCUUUGGCAUUUGUAGAUGGGGCCCAUCAACACAUUCUGUGUGUCUCAAUGUGUCUGUGUGUGUAUAUAAUGUGGGAUAUGUCGUUUUGAUGAUCUGGAACAAACAGCGUGUCCGGCCAGGAUCCGAGUGAUUUUACUGUGUCUGGUCAGACUGGAGUCCUGAGAUAAUGAACGCAACCAGGAGAGGUUAGAGAACUCAGACGCUUCGACAUUGUUAACACUGAUAACAGGAGGAGUUCGUUAGAGAAUCGUUUUUUCCUUCAGAUUCCGUGUGGCUCCCAGGUCCUCAGCUGGCACAAACCGUCGGUAGAUUUUCUAAUGUCUUCUAACCCUCCUUUUUUCUCCCAUCCUCUUUUUUUCUAUGCAUUUCUAAUGGUGGUUCCUCGCUCAAGAGAGGCCGACCCCUGCUGCUUCAUCGUCAGACUCUGUUAUCACUAACACCAAUCACAACAUUUCAUUUCAACUCUCAAACCAUCUUUCUAGCCUCAUUUUAGGCAUUAGUAGUUUGUUUUCACAAGGGCUAUCUUUCUGGACGGGUAGUCUAAACACACACCGAGGGACACAAAAACGGAAGGAAAGGAAACUAUGUAUUGGUACACAUCCCAGAGCUCAAGAAACUUCCAGAAGACCCAGCAAGUGGAACCCAGAGAACUGACCCCAUGUGAUUCUGGAUCCCUAAAGUGAUUCUCCUCCACAAACUGUGUGUUCUAGUGAAUAACCUGGUGACUAUCCUCUCCACUUGGCUUCUGUCUGUGUGAAUAACAACACGUAUCCCCCAUCCAGUCCACACAACAAUACUAGUUUGUGUUUUCCCGGAUGCGUAUUACUGUAAUAAUAAUGUUCAGUUCAGAGUUCCCCAUGGAUGUCAAAUGGGUCACGGGGGUGGGGGGGGCGGGCAUUAAUAAGGAAACGUAAACAAAAAAGGUCUGGCUCAAACCAUUCCACAGCCAUGAGAUAUUGGAUACAUUUUGUACGCUGUUUGUUGCACAAACUUUUCAAGAAGCCUUCUGCACUGUGUAAAGGGGAUGAUGGGGGGGAUGGCCGGUCGGUACAGUCCAACCGUUUUGAAUCAUGAACUUGUAAAUAUGUUUUCAUACAGCAAAACUUUUGAUAAUGUUUUAAACGUACCUGUAAAAAAAACGUAUGUACAUAAGGCUCCUAAACAAGGAGUGUAGACCAUAUAUGAGUUUAUUUGUACACAAGAGUACUGGAUUUUCUUUACUACUCGAUUGUAACUAAACAUUAAUAAUCUGCCAAAGUGUUUUUAUUAUUUUUCUUCCUGUCUGUUUUUCGUUUUGUUUUGCUUUUUAACAGUAAAGCAUUGCAGAAUUUAGGUUGUUUAUACUGUAUUUAAUUAUGUUUAAUAGGUUUUGCUGUUUGGUGUUUCAAACAAGGGGGUUAUCAUUUAAUUUAUUGGUGCCUUGUUUGUGCUUCUGUAUAUUUUAUUUAGUUGUUUCCGUUUUGGUGUUUUGUGUCCAUGGGAAGGGCGGGCGCAGUAAAGAAUUAGCAACUUCUGUACUUACAUGGAAUAUCUGUACUGUAUGCCAAAAUGGUCUCACUCACGUUUUUAUGAAAUCAAGCUGUUGAUAAAUAUCUCUAUAUAUUGAUAUAUUACAUUUAUAAAAAUCA